AUGGGGAAAAGCCCAAGUGCGAUCGCAGCCUUCAUCGAGGACAUUCCUUCCGAGAAGCUGCGUUACUUCCCAACACGCCAGAACACGAUCUACAACACGAUCUACAAAGACACCAACUUCCGUUUGGAUAUGCAGAGGAUGACGAGCCAUACGCCACCGAAGCACAACCUGCAAGUCCAAGUAAACAACAGUGUAGCGAUAUCGGCAUUGCGCAUCGCGAAAGGACAAUCUGUUGCUGGCCCAGCCCUCGUUCCGAAUGACGACUCGUGGACGCCGGAGGAAAUUAGGAAGGAGCUGUUGUGCAUGAUCGGGCUUUUCAGAUCGAUGCUAUGA